CUUUGACGUUGAGUCAGUAAGCAGCCUACGCGUUAGCUGGACCUCUUCUCACCAUUAGGCAAGAUAAUACACGCAAUACAACGCAGCCACAUUGAAAGCUGAAACCUAUCACCCAUGCAAAAGCUGCUCAAGAGUACCCUCACCUGGAGAAAAACUAAACAAGUUACACUACAAGCGGCCUGGAAUACUUUCGCUGGGUGUAUUCCUCCUCGCUGCAGAACUGUAGAACCAUCCGAGCCGUGACAAUAAAUAUGGAAUAUACAGCCAUAACGUGGUGACAGAACAGCACUAACACCAUCGCUAUGGAGACGUCACCUUCUGCAGACAUGCUGUGGACACCCAGCAACACGUCCACUACAGAAGUAUUGACCACUCCGGCCUCCACCAGCAGCCUGCACUUCUUCCUGGAAUACCAGGACAAUGCAGUCCUGGUGGAGCAUUACAACUACACAGGCAAGCUGCAGAGAGACCGCUAUCGCCAGGGACUCAAACCAGAGGGCAUCGCCUUCCUGGUGGUGUGUCUCCUCAUCGUCCUGGAGAACGCCGUGGUUCUCCUCUCUAUCUGGAGGAACAAGAAGUUCCACCUCCCAAUGUACUACCUCCUGGGGAACCUGACGCUGUCUGACCUCCUGGCCGGCAUCACCUACAUGGCCAACAUCCUCAUGUCUGGACACAACACGCUGAAGCUGACGCCAUUGAUGUGGUUCCUCAGAGAGGGAGGCGUUUUCCUAACGCUGGCGGCCUCUGUGGUCAGCCUGCUAGCCAUCGCCAUCGAACGCCAUGUGACCAUGGUGACCAUGCGGCCCUACCACGGGGCCAAGAAGGGACGGAUGUGGGCCCUGAUCGCCGCCAGUUGGGCCCUAGCGGUGUUCCUCGGAGUGCUGCCCAUCCUUGGAUGGAACUGCAUGCAGAAGCUGGACCAGUGCUCCACCGUCCUUCCCCUGUACGCCAGGAGUUACAUCCUGUUCUGCGUGUCAGUGUUCAUGGCCGUACUGCUAGCCAUCGUAGUGCUCUACGUGCGGGUUUUCCGCAUCGUAAGGGUUAACACCAAGCGGCAGGGCCACGGCCUUUCGGGUAGCCUGCGGAAAGGCCUGGCCAGGAAGUCCCAGAAGUAUAUAGCCCUUCUGAAGACAGUCACCAUUGUCCUGGGCGUGUUCAUUGCCUGCUGGCUUCCACUCUUUCUACUCCUUCUCCUGGACUUCUUCUGCCCAACCCGCAGCUGUAAACUGCUAUUCAAGGCUGAUUACUUCCUGGGUGUAGCGAUGGUCAACUCCCUGCUCAACCCUAUCAUCUAUACGCUCACGAGCAAGGACAUGAGGAGGGCCAUUCUUAGACUGCUGUGCCGGCCCUGUCUGAUGACCAGGGACGGCCGGGUGAAGAAGAUGGGAAUGCCCUUCCUGGAGUGCAGCUUCAGUAAGACUGAGGUAGCAACACAGAAGCUAGAGGGGGCAGCGGAGACCACAGUCUCCUCCGGCAACAAUGUCACAACCCCCUCCCCCGUCAAAGCACUCUACCCCAGAAUAUUGAAGUCCUGAGGAGUCUAUCAGACACUUUGCAGAAUACUCUUGAGUGUGUGUGUGUGUGUGUGUGUGCGUGCAAUGGUGCACAUGUGUGCACACAUGUGUGUGUAGGCCUCAAGAAUGUCUCCAAAUUGGAGCGUAGACUCCAAUAACAUAGAAGGUGGGUGCAGUGGAAAGAGAGAACAGCUAGAACGUUUUUAGCUGCGUUUUUACCGAAAUGCCUCCCCCAAAGAUGUCACGGAGCAAUGCAUUUACAGUGCCAAAACCACACAGAGAUAUGUACGGUAGUCCGAAUGGAGGACAGGCUGUACGAGUGAAAUUGCACUGAUGAAAUUUUGGACUGAACUAUUAUUGUGGCACCACUACAGUUGGUGUCAACACUCCAAAUUCAGUGAAUUUGUUCAAGUGAAUGUGUAUGCAUGACCCAUUUUGGUUAUGCAUGCAAAAGCAAUGUGCUGAAGAAAAAACAUGGACACUUUGAUGGCAUGAUCAACACAUGGAUUAUUGGUCUUUGCUGGAUCAAAGGACCAAGAUGUCAUACUGUCUGUUAGAAUAAACUGUAUUAUACCACUACAUUGUGUAUCUCAACAUAGAUAGAAAUGUAAAAAUAAUUACAACCAAAGAGAGUAAGAGAUCUUCUGAACUGCAAUGUGUGAGAUUUCAUGAGAUUGUGUGGAGAAAUGAAUGUAUCGUUCUGCAUUUCGCAAAUGGUUAACUGGGAAACAGGGACAGUAUUUCAUACCCCAUACUAGCCCUCACUAACAGACAAGACGCAACACCGAUGUUGCGAGUCAAUACUCUUCACUCCAAUCAUCACCCAGCAAGGUCAUGCCUGCCCAUGACAAAGGCCAUUUGGACAGGAACAGAGAACACUAAACUAAACAAUUUAAGCACUCUUUUAACACUCUACCAAUUUUGCAAUAAGAUUGGGUCUACAUGUAGCAUUUGUAAGGAACUGUAUUUGACAUCAUUUAUCUACAAUUUGAAUAUAUGUAUAAAUAUCCUACAUUUAAAAAUAAUGUGUACAGUUUAAUUAUUGAAUGGUUUGAUGUUUUAAUUGGAGAUCCUGUAUUUAACAUUGUAUUUUUGUAUCUUCAGAGAAUGUGUGUAGCAUAUAUCAAUUUGUAUCAUACUUUUGUUCAACAAUGCAAUAAACAGUCCACAAUAAACUACAA